CUAUGGUCUCAAAUAUCUAUGGUUCAAGAUCGUUCAAGAUGGAUUACCUUUCUGGUGGGUAUGAUGUCCAGUUUGCCGAGAGGCACAGAGAACUCGCUGAGAAGUACACGUGCGUCAUUUGCCGAAUGGUACCCAAAGAUGUACACCAGUUCACAUGCUGUGGAAAACUCGUCUGCUAUAGCUGCAUAGAGAACUACAAAAGAGAGUCACCUCACAACUGUCCUGUCUGUCGUAAGCACGGAUUCAAGUAUUUCAAUGACACUAGUCUUAAUCAAGAAAUCCUGAGUCUAAAGGUCUUUUGCUACUACAAAGAGUUGGGUUGUCAAUGGACUGGAGAACUGAGGAGCCUGACUAGAGAGCAUGCACAUACAUGUGUGUAUAAGCUAGUGUUGUGUGAGCAGUGUGGUCAAAGAGUACCUGAAAAGAAUCUUGGGGAUCAUCUCGCCAGUGCCUGUGUUAAACGUAUGUUUUGGUGCCAAUAUUGCAAAGAGUCCGGCUCCUUUGAAUUCAUACAAGAUACUCACAUCAAUGAAUGUCCAGAACGCCCGAUCGAAUGUCCCAAUUAUGGCUGCCAAAUUAUAUUUAAAAGGAAGGAGAUUGAAGCUCACCGUAAUGUCUGCAUGCAUCAACUUGUUCAUUGCUGCUACCACCCGAUCGGUUGUAAAAUAAUGGUGAAGCGCAUGCUUAAAGCAAGACAUGAAGCAAACUGUCGAUUUCGGAAUGACAUGAAGGGGCUUUCACACAAGAAGGACAAAGAGGAUGAUGAUACUGGUGAACUAGCAGAUAAACUGUUAGAAAAACGUGGUUCAUACAUUUAUGUUGAUGCAAUUGAUUAUGAUGCUGUAUCUAAAUGGUUACAAGAAGGCACUGUAAAUCUAACCGUUAAACGUGUUCAAAUGCUUGGUCCUCCUGGCUCUGGUAAAACAUGUUCCCAACGUCUCCUACUUAAUGAAGAUCCACCCGAAGAAGCUGUCACUGACAGUACACCAAUUACUUGUCGCGCUGUCAAAGCUACAAGAAUAUCAGUUGCUGAUGGACGUAUGGAAAGAGUCGAUGUGAAGGCUCUUCUUUCAAGAUUGGCAUGUGAUUUAAAGGAAGCUGCAGCAAAGCAAGAGGAAACGCCAAUGGCAAAACAUGACACAAGGCCAAAGGAGAAGUCUUCAGAAGUCAUUUCUAUUUCUAUGCCUAUUGAGGCUAAAACACCAGAAUCAGCAAAUGCAGCAGACAAUCACGAUCCUCAUUCAACUAAAAUAUGUAAUGAAAUUUUGAGAGCCAUUCCAGAAGCAAAAGCUAAAUUAGAUCGUCACCUGGUAUACAUUAUUGAUUCUGGUGGCCAGACAGCAUUUCAAGAGCUAUUGCCUUUGUUUACUAGACCUGCUUCACUCAAUAUCAUCACACUAGACCUUUCUAAAGGUCUUGAUGAGAAGCUUGAUCUUCGAUAUCGAAUUGAUGGAACACCAUUUCCCUGUGAUCCAACAUUUUCAUAUACAAAUAUUGAAUUUAUAAAGGAUGUGCUGUCUUCUGGAGCUAUUUUACAACCACUUGACACACCGCAGUCAAAAAAAGCACUCCAGUACCCAGGAUAUUUCAUUCUGGGUACACACAGUGAUGAUGCUAAAGCAACACCGCAAAAUAUUAAGAAGUAUAACGAGGAGCUGUCAUCAUUAAAAUCUGGGUCUAAAGACAAAGGCUAUUAUAUCAUUUCUGCUAAACUUGGAGAUACUAAUGAAAUCAUAUAUCCAGUUAAUACAAUGCUCAAAUCUGGUCCUGAAAGACAAGUGGAAGCCAAAAAUCUUUGUGAAACAAUAUAUGAUGAUGUCUCUGGCGAUGUAUUCAAGAUUCCAGUUCGAUGGUUUGCUUUUGAGCUGACUUUGCUGGAGAAGGCUGAAGGUCACAGUUUCCUUCAGUUAGAUGAUGUCUUAUUUGCUGGUAAAAGUCUUCAAAUGGAUGAAGCUGAUACAAGGCUGGCUCUACAGUAUCUUCACAAUGUUACUAUUAUUCUUUAUUAUCCUCAAGUGUUACCUGAUAUAGUGUUUGUUGAUCCUCAUCCUAUUCUUAAUAUCCUCUCACGUCUUUUAGCUCUUACUUAUAAAAUCGAUCGAAGGUUUUUGCGACACCUUACAAAGGAAACACCUUCACAGUCUGAAUUGGAUAACCUAAGUAAGAAGGGCAUAUUCACCAAAUCACUGCUGGAUAAGUUAAAAGAUGACCAGGGAUUUCCUAAGUCUGAUUUUAUCAAGCUAUUGCUUCACCUACACAUCAUUGUUGAGAUGGAUGGUGGUUAUUUCAUUCCUUCUGCAUUGCCUCCUUGUGGAUCUACUGGUCCACCUCCAGACUCAGAUUUUAUCGACUCGUUACUAGUAGUCUGGUGCAAUCCUGUCACUAAAGAAAUUUUACCUGUUCCCCGUGGAAUUUUCUCUUUGGCAAUUAUCAAUUUAAUGACAUUCAAGCAACCACAGUUUCGUUUCCCUCCAUCAGCAGUUCCUCGAACACAUAGAAAAUAUUUCAGACAUCGGGAUGCCAUGUCUUUUCGUGUUUAUGUUCACAAUGAACUUGUUGGCACCAUUCAUUUCAUUAAGAAGCACCGACAUAUUGAAAUUUACUUUGAAUCCAAUGAAGUAAAAUAUUGUCCACUUAUUUGCAAAGCAGUAACAGAAGCAAUUAAUAGAAGUAGUGUUGCCAUUAACUUGAAACCUGAUGGUCAUGAGUUCACCUUUGAUUGCUCUACAGAAGACUCCUACUGUAUUGUCAAAAAAGAAGAUGAAAAGAAAGCUGAAUGCACUUUAUGCACAAAACCACCUCUUAUCAGUGGGCAAGAGAAGCGCUGGAGUUGGUUUCAUAUCACUUAUCAAACCUUAACUGAAGCUUCAAAGACACUUGACAUCACUCACCUUCAAAAAGUAUUGAAUUUACUCAGGGAAGGUCAUUUUAAUGGUGAUUGGGAGGGACUUGGUCUAGAGUUAGGCCUCUAUCAACAUCCAACACUCUCAAACAUACAGUACAGUUACACCAGAGGUGCUGCUCUUAGAGAAUGCCUUGCUACUUGGUUGCUAAAAGCUGAUGCUGUGGACGAAAAUGGCGGAGUAACCUAUGUCUCACUUGCUAAUGCUGUUGAAAGAUUAAGUCAAAAAUCUGUAGCUGAUUAUAUACGCAGAAAAUGUGGAAUUGAUUGUUCACAGGAAGAAAUCAUUGAGUCCAAUGACAUCCCACAAAGCAAGCCAGUGCCAGCACAAGACAGCUACCAUAUUGCAGAGGAAGAAGAAAAAGAGAAACAAAUAGCAGAAAAAAGCAGAACAGGUAGCUCGUGUCCAUGGACUAUUUUGUUAGGUGUCGUGGUUUUUAUGUUUAUAUGUGUUGCACUUUUUGCUAUUGUGGGCAUAACAGCUUAUAUGAGGAUUAUUAAUGAUGAAGGCCAAGCUAUUUUUGAUAAAGGCAACAAUGGUUGGACAGAACUAGAAAUCACUGAUUUAAAAGAAAUACUAGGCCUAUUACAUGACGGUCACUUUCCUGAUCAUCGCUGGCUUGAUCUUGGUAUUAGACUGAAAAUAUUACACACUACAUUAACAACAAUUGAGGCUGAUACAAACAGUGCUCAUAGAAGACUACUAGAGAUGCUAUCAUUGUGGUUGAGAAGAGGAAAAGCGACAUGGAGCGAGUUGGGUACUGCUCUAAGUGAAAUGGAAGAAUACAAAUCAGCAGAAUUAGUGAAGACCAGAGUUGCAAAGAAAAAGCAUGAACUUUAAACUUUGGUCUAUUCCUUUUAUUUUAGUUUGUAUUUAAAUGAUCUGUGUGUUUUAUCUUUUCUAAUUUGUGUAGUAGGAAUCAUUUAAACAAUGAAGUUAUAAUCAUUAAUAAAUAAAUUUAAAAUUUUGACACACAAAAUAAAUAAAUUAGAAAAUGUUCCUACAGAGAGGACAACUGCUCUUGUUACUAGUACUGAACCAUUUAUACUGAAA